CAGGCCAGGACCAGAAGUUCAUGUCUGUACCCGAGGGUCACUCCGGCAGCAGCGGCCAGGGGAGUGGGGAAGAGCGUAGACCCACAGCACUGAGCCAGAGGAGCCUGCGGUCUGUGUCUGUCCCCAGGUGCGGUCAGGAUGGGCCCCAAGGGCAAGCAGAGCCUCUGGCCCGGGCCGGCCCCCGUGGGAGGGCCAUGCCUCCUCCUCUUCCUCUGCCUGCGCUUGGGCACCUCCUGCCCGCAGAGCUGCCGGUGCCCCGACCACGAUGGGGCCGUGGCCGUCCACUGUAGUGCAAGCGGCUUGCAGGAGAUCCCCAAGGACAUCCCCGCCAAUGCCGUGUUCCUGAAGCUCGAUGCCAACAAAAUCGCCCGCGUCCCCAACGGAGCCUUCCAGCACCUGAGCCAGCUGAGAGAGCUGGACUUGUCUCAGAACGCCAUCGAGACCAUUGGCCCUGCCGCCUUCUCCGGCCUGGCCGGGGGCCUGCGGCUGCUGGACCUGUCCCACAACCGCAUCCGCAGGAUCCCCAAGGACGCCCUGGGCAAGCUCAGCGCCAAGAUCCGCCUGUCCCACAACCCCCUGCACUGCGAGUGUGCCCUGCAGGAGGCCCUGUGGGAGCUGAAGCUGGACCCCGACUCGGUGGACGAGAUCGCCUGCCACACCUCAGUUCAGGAGGAGUACGUGGGGAAGCCACUGAUCCAGGCCCUGGACGCUGGCGUCAGCUUCUGCAGCACCCACCACAAGACCACCGACGUGGCCAUGCUGGUCACCAUGUUUGGCUGGUUUGCCAUGGUGAUCACCUACAUUGUGUACUAUGUGCGCCAGAACCAGGAGGAUGCCAGGAGGCACCUGGAGUACCUAAAAUCUCUGCCCAGCACCCCAGUGUCUAAGGACCCCCUCAGCCCUGCACCCUAGUGCCCACUGAGUGCCAUCACUCUGUGGCAGGUGGUGACUGACUCGUGCUUUGAGAUUCCCCCAGCCAGGUGGCAGUCACAGCUCCUUCUGUGCAGUGCACACUCUGGCCAAACACUUCCCUGAAUUGCACUGAGUCACUCAGCACCCUUGGAGUCAGGCAGUGUCACCAUCAGACCCUCCAGCGGAGGAAGAGACUGGAGCUUAGAGAAUGGACUGACUUGCCCUUGGUGACACAGUCAGGAAACGAUCCAAUUGGGGCUUAAAAUCAGGCCUAUUACGAUGUCCCUUCUACUCUGCGAGCCUCUCCCCGUGGUGCCCACGGGAGCGAAUGCAUUCAGAAAAGGAAGGACUUGUGUCCGUGAGUGUGAGUGUCCCCGGUGGGGAGGUUUGGGGUGCAGAUUCAUCUGUGGAGGUCACAGGUGACCCUACACUGAGGACCUGACUCACCACUGUCCCCCUGGUAUGUCCUGAGCACAUUUGACCACAGGACUCUUUCCAGAGCAAAGUUGUAGAGGCCAGGUUUUCCAGAAAGUGCGGUGAAUGAAAGGCGUUACUCACACUAACCUCUGACCAACCGUGUUCGUUCUCAGAGUGUUGGUGAGGAGUCACACUUGUACCCAAAUUUCAGCCGAGUGAGAGGGGAAAACCCCGAAACCUGAUACCAAAACACCAUGGAGAGAGACGGGAGAACACGUCCUGCCUGCCCGAUUCCCACAGCUCUGUGUGGUCCGUGGGAAGGCCCGUCACCUCUGGUCGCCACCGUGCCUUGCUUUUCUACUCACCAACGCCUAAAGCAGCUCCUGUCAAAGGACAGGACUGAUGCUUGAUGUUUCAAGGCCAGUAAGCGGGACUCCUCCUUUUCUCCAACCUCCAACAACAGGUCCCCCCUCCACCUUUGCUGCCUGGGCUCUCAGAGCUAACCGAGUGCUCGAUUUUCUCACCUAUAUAACUUCAUGUCCAGGGUAGACGUUACCUCCACCUAUAUGACUCUGGCUCAUCUUUCCAGUUUUAUCUGUCGCUGUCUUUUGUAUGAGCACUUAUAUUUUACACUACUUCCGAUGUUGUCGGGGGAAGCAAAUAGGGAUACAUUGCUAUGAACUGCAGGUACAAAGGACAGAAGCCUCGUCGAGCAGAAGCUCAGAGACGAUGAACAUGGCGGGUUUGUACUUGGAAAGUACCGAGUGACUGGAGGUGGGAAACGGAUGUGGGGUCACAUGUACGCGUUGAUCCGGAGACCCAGCGGCUGCACCAGAGACCCACAAGGCUCGUCCAAACACGGCUGUGAUUUCUCAGUCACCGUGCAUUAAAAAGAAACCAACAGGUUCCAAA